AUGAAGUCAGGAGCUUCAGACAUGGCGGAUACUUCGAAAAUCGCAGUUCAGCCGGUGGUCCAACGUGGCACUCAAGCCGGAAAUGGCGACGACUCUGGGCAUGAAGCACCAGGAACUUCCAGACUCAAAUUCUGGAGCCGAAAGAGGCAGGAUUUCUUCAAUAAGCUUAUGGAAAAUCAAGAGAUGAGUGAACUAAUUACCCUCAGCAAGCUCUGGGUUGCGAACAUCGAUUCGAGCCUAGUAGUGUUGACGGAUAUCUACACCUACAUUGGCAUUAUCUCGGAGGUCUUGAACGAGGCAUUUCCCAGAUCGGCCUGGAACGUGAUCGGCGACUCAAACACGCGAUCCAUGAAUGCACGCUUGCACUUGGCCUAUACGCUAAUCAUGAUUACAACGACUCAAGGGCUCAUCUUAAUGAUCAUCUUUCUUACUUACCCGCAAAGUUUAGCGUCUGCGUUUGUGCCAGAAAAAGUCAGAGGAACAUCUAUUGCUUAUGUGCGUUUGUCAGUGGUUCAAUUCUUGAGUUCGGCCGCUGAAGCAGCUUUGUCGUCCUCAACUCGAGCCCUCGAUGACCCAGACGUGCCGUUGGUAAUCAGCUCAGCCAAGUUCGUCCUCAACAUUAUACUCGACCUACUCCUGGUGUCAAACUUUCAUGUUCAACAGUCAGAGCCCACUUUGAUCACCCAAGGUACGGUGAGAGUGGUAUGUGAUAUGACAUCUGUUACUGCCGGCCUGCUCUACUUUUAUUACAAAGUGGUACGCAAAGCGCAAAGAGAAGGUGAUGCACGAGCCCAGAUGGUGCCAAGUUGGGUGGCAUUCAUGACGCUUCUGAGACCCAGUGUGUAUACAUUUACGGAGUCUGCAAUUCGGAAUGCAAUCUACCUUUGGCUGGUGAAUCGGAUCGUGCAAAUGGGCCAGGUUUAUGCGACUGCUUGGGGGGUCUUCAACACUAUCCGUUGGGGCUUGGUCAUGGUACCUGUCCAAGCAUUGGAAUCAUCCACACUUGUCUUUGUGGGCCACGCCUGGGGCGCCUUUCGUGCAGCAUCAGAUAUUGGAAUGUACCCCAGGGCUUCUCGAAAAGAAGUUCUCACCAUUAUCCGACCGGCCUUAGUCUCGUGUGCAGUAGCUCUGAUAUUCGAGACUGUCAUCUGCAUCGCUCUUUCGGUACAUGGUAUCAAGGGUUUCGCCCACUACUUGUCCAAGUCGGACGAAGUUGCGACAGUCACUCAGCAGAUGUGGAGAGCUAUCGACUGGACCUACAUUUUCUACGCUGUCAAUUAUCAGCUGGCAGCCAUUCUCUUAGCGGCUUCCCCUCGUUGGUACUUGUACCAAGCCUUGGGGUCUAAUUUCCUGUGGAUGCUUCCUUGGGCUAUAGUGAUGACUACCCGUGCUUUAUCCAAGACCGAGGCAUGGCUUUACUACGCCAUAAUCUUUGGUGGAGCCAUGGUGUUUGAUUUUUUCAAUGUUGCUAUCGUGCUGUGUGUCUGGCUGUGGAGGGUUUCGAGAGGCAAAGUCAGGGUUUGA